AUGGCCAAGCCAGGAGUGUUGGACACUGAUCCAGGGGAGAUGGUGAAGAAGGCCAUAGAGCUGAAGAGGGAGCUUCAGAGGUUGGUGAAGUCCAUUGUAGAUGAUGAGGAUUGCAGCACUGAGACCAUUGAUCAGGCAAAAGAGACUCUCUGUGUUCUCAAAGAGUUGAAACUAAGAAAGAGGUCUUCACUGUCUUUGAAGCUGCACAAGAGGAGUGUGACAUCUUGCCCUGAUGAAUUUAAGUGUCCUCUUUCCAAUGAAUUGAUGAGAGAUCCUGUCAUUGUGGCUUCUGGUCAGACAUAUGAUAGAUCUUUCAUUCAGAAAUGGCUAAAUGCUGGAAACAGGACUUGCCCUCGAACGCAUGAAGUCUUUUCACACACUGUUCUUACACCAAAUCAUCUAAUAAGGGAAAUGAUAGAACAAUGGUCAAAAAACCAGGGGGUUGAAUUGUCAAAUACUGUUCAAUACAUUGAUGAGGAAGGUUUAAACGAAGCAGACCGUGAGCAUUUUCUUUGUUUGCUUAAGAAAAUGUCAUCAACACUUUCUGAUCAGAAGAUAGCUGCAAAAGAACUGCGGAUGUUGACAAAGAAGCAUCCUUGUUUCCGGGUACUUUUCUGCGAUUCUGCAGAUGCCAUUCCCCAGUUGCUCAAGCCAAUUUGUGGGAGUGAUUCGUUCAGUAGUAUACACCCUGAUCUCCAAGAAGAUGUAGUCACAACACUCCUCAAUAUCUCUAUUCAUGAUAAUAAUAAAAAGCUAGUGGCUGAAACUCCCAUGGUAAUUCCUCUCCUUAUGAGAGCAUUGAGAUCUGGAACAAUUGAAACAAGAAGCAAUGCUGCUGCUGCCCUUUUCACUUUGUCAGCUCUUGACUCAAACAAGGAAAUCAUAGGAAAAUCAGGUGCCUUAAAGCCAUUGAUCGAUCUUUUGGAAGAAGGGCAUCCCUUAGCAAUGAAGGAUGUUGCUUCAGCACUUUUUAACAUAUGUGUAAUGCAUGAGAACAAGGCAAGAGCCGUGAAGGACGGUGCAGUGAGAGUGAUUUUGACAAAGAUAAAGAAUCAGGUUCAUGUUGAUGAAUUACUAGCCAUCCUUGCACUUCUUUCAAGUCACCAGAGGGCUGUUCAUGACAUGGGAGACCUUGGAGCUGUGCCUAGCCUGCUAAGAAUUAUCAGGGAGAGUUCAUGUGAACGCAACAAGGAGAAUUGUGUAGCAAUCCUUCAAACAAUUUGUUUCUAUGAUAGAUCAAAGUUGAAGGAAAUAAGGGAAGAGGAGAACAGCCACAAAACAAUCUCUGAGCUAGCACAGAGUGGAACAUCAAGGGCAAAGAGGAAAGCUAGUGGAAUUCUUGAGAGACUAAACAGGGUUGUUAAUAUCACACACACUGCAUAA